AUGCGCAGACGACUGUGGCAUGCAAUUGGAUUACUAGAUAUCCAGGCAUCCUUGAGCAGUGCUUCAGAACCAAUGAUUCAAUCCAACUGGCUCAGGUCCGACUCAUUUCGUGAUAUGGACAAUGACGAGUUUAGCACAAAUUUGGAAAUACAGAGUUCCUCACGCAAGAAGGUCUCAGAGACUGCUUUGUUUCAUGUUCUUUCUUACGCUCAAGAGACAGCUCGACAAUUGACCAUUCCGAACUUUGCCACGCCUUGCACAAAAUCUAUUGAACAGCGACAACAGCUGACAAUGGUAUUCAAGACGCGCACAGACGAGCUAUUUGUUGAAUGUCAACCGGACCAGAAUGACUUAGACCACUACGCUAAGGAGCUUUCGCACUCAAUCGGGCUUUACCUACAAGUACUUGCGGUACGCCCGGUGGAGAAUAGCCCAUCCUCAGGCGAUUCUCAAGCCACCAACGUCAACAUCUUCAGGCUAGCUGUAGAGGCCCUGGAUGCGAGAUGUCGGGUAUAUAGCAGCGUUAAGACACAGUCAUGGCGGUGGAUUGCACCACUUUUCUUCCCCUGGCAAGCACUUGCAACUUGCCUUGCUGAAAUUCUAGUCUGUGAUGACCUACAUUUCGUGAGAGGUGCAUGGCCCCUUAUCGAGCAGACCUAUGAAUCAUUUACUACGCUCGGCAUUGAAUCGGGACACCGUCGGCUGCAAGAAUCCAUGAGAGACAUGAUGCAGCAAGCUAGGAAUUUCCAUGACCGCAUGUUACUGUCCUUUGUCUCUAGUGAGAGAGCAGGAGCUGCCAUGUCCUGGGGGCUUUCACCACCAACAAUAUUCCAGUACCAGGCGGCUUCCAAGUCAAGUGAAUCACGGUUCCUAGAAAACACUUCCAAUAAAUCGACUGAGAAUCUACCUCCAUGCAGCCUAGGCUCCCAAGAGAAUGAUGUGUCAACAUGGAAUGGUGACAGUGAACUGGACGAGUUUGGUCUGACUUCCUUCGAGCCACAGUUUCAGUUCGAAGAUAUAGCUACCUUCGACGUCGACGGUGUGUCGCAGGCCCUGUAUGAUGCAAGCUACGAACAGCUGUUCUUACAAUAUACCCAACAAUGA